AUGAAUGCUGAAAAAGGAGAAGAGGUCGCACCAAGAUGCCGUCUCUCUGAUCCUGCUCAUCCUCACACCCUUUGCCGCCGAGACAAUCCUCGUCCUUCCUUAUGCUUUAGAUGCGGCCCUGUAAAUGAGAAUGAUGAGGACUAUGAUUGGAAUAACAUUCAUUACUACUGUGAGAUCUGCAAGCUCGUGUUCCACGAAGACUGUUACAUGUUCCCACAAGGUACGAGACAUCCAUAUCACCCCCACCACCCUAUCUACAUGACCAUUCGCUUUUCGGAAACCAGAAUGGAAUCAUUCAAAUACGGCGCGACCGAAAUGGCCAUUUUCUUAACGGCUCUUGAGACCACGUCCACGCCCAUGCUUGACGAGAAUGCUGUUUUCGAAACCAACAACGCAUGCCAUUGGUGCGGAAAAGUGCUUGGUUUGAUGUUUUUUCGUUGUCUUGAUUGUGAUUUUAGUCUAGGUGCUGAGUGCAUGAGGGAGGAUCCUCCCGUUACGAUUUUAAAUUCAGGGAGCCAUGAACAUCCUCUCACUUUAUUUCCUAGACCACUCACAGAACCUUGUAGUAGUGUUUGUGUGUUCGGUGGAAACAUGGAGGUAGGUUAUGCUUGUGAUCCAUGUAACUACUUAGUCCAUCAAAAAUGCAUCCAGCCACCACAAGUCAUACAUCAAGACCAUCUCGCUGAUACUUCAUCUCUUCCACCACCUACGUGA